AUGUCAAAUGGGUCUUCUCUUGAUCGCCUUGAAGCUGAAACGUUUACUAAUUUUCAUGGAAACAGCAGUUGUCUUGUUGGGGAUCGCGUGAAUAGCACUGAGAUUGACAAAACUAAACAAAAAUCUUUGUUUUGUCAAUUUUUUCCGGUUUACCUAAAGGAGAAUUGUAGUAGAGGCAAUGCGAGGCCUGUGCCGGUGAUGCUCGGUGACGGUCAAUUGCUUGAUUUAUACCAUCUUUUUUCCCUUGUGAAGAAACAUGGUGGGCAUGAUGGGGUAUCAAGAAAAGGGUUGUGGGAUUCUGUCAUAGUUGAACUGGGUUUGGACCUUCAUGUUUUGGCUCUGGUAAAAUUAGUUUACGAAAAAUAUCUAAGUGGUUUUGAAGGCUGGCUCAGCAAUGCUUUUAAUGGUGAUGCUGCCUCUUGCGUGGAACUUUCUACGGAAGCAUUUCAUUCUCGCAAACAUGAAGGAGAAUCAUCCUCCGAAAUGGUGACCUGGACGAGUCAUAUUGCAAAACAUCUGUUUGAUCCUGCUGUUAAACUGUUGCCAGAACCUUCAAAGUGGAAAGAAAGAGACAUUCACUUGGUGAGAGAACAUGCAGAACCGAACCGUGGAUCAUAUUCCCAGAAGGUGAAGAUGCAUCCUGCCAUGCAUGAGGAUCCUGUUGCUCUUAAUCAUCAAGGUACAAAGAAAUUGAGAUAUAGUAAAAGGCUUCGUAGCCCUGGUAAUAGAAAUAAAUUCCUUCUGGACAAAAAUACUGCUAAACCAGGUGUAGCUGGAAAGAAAAAAUUUAUGUCAUCUUUGGGUGGUUUUCAUGAAACUUGUGUUCCUAUAGGAUCUCAUUUCCAAGUGAAAGUCCCGGAAUGGACUGGUGUAGCUUCUAAGAGUGACCCUAAAUGGUUGGGCACACAAGUAUGGCCUGUUAAAGAUGACUCAAAACCUACUACUGAAACAGAUCUUGUUGGGAGAGGAAGACGGGGAAAGUGUAGCUGCAAUGUUCAAGGUUCUGUUGACUGUGUCAGAUUUCAUAUUGCUGGAAACAGGAUGAAACUGAAGCAUGAAUUGGGUUCUCUAUUUUACCAAUGGGGAUUUGAUCGAAUGGGCGAGGGAGUUUCACUUCAGUGGACAGCUGAAGAAGAAAAGAAAUUUAAAGAUUCAAUGAGGCUAAAUAUCUCCGCUGAAAACAAGGCUUUUUGGAUCGAUUUUUGGAACAAUACAUCUGCAGACUUUCUAAUGAAGACAAGAGAAGACUUAGUGAACUACUACUUCAAUGUAUAUCUUAUCCAACAAAGAAGCUAUCAGAAUCGUGUUACUCCAAAGACUGUUGACAGUGAUGAUGACGAAGUCGAAUUUGGAUCUUUUGGUGAUGGAUUUGGGAGAAAAGCUAUCAAGCAUCGAUAUAUGGAGUUCAUUGAGUGCUCAAAGAACACACAAUGCUUUGAUUUUGAGUAG